AUGUUCGACCGCAAGCCAGGCCUCGGCAACAUGUGCACGCGAUUCUUGCUGCCCCCUGUGGCAGACGCGCCCGGCCCUUACCUGAUCAUCCACGACCAGGCGGCGCUCACGCAGAACGCUCCCGUUAGCCCCGCGGACUCGACGAGGGAGUUGAUCGGCCGGGUGCGAGCCAGCACGCCGGUGGAGGUGCUGGAGGUGCAGCGCUGCCAGGUGCUGGGCCGGGAGGUGCUCCGCGGUCUACUCAGAGAUCCCCCAGGCUGGGUCACGAUCCUGGACUACGACAGCGGGGAGCGCUGGGCCCUGGCCAUGAGCUCCGCGCAGGGCUGA